UGUCCUUUCAGCUCGUGUAAUCAUGUUACAGUAUUUAGCAUCACUAACUAUUGUUUGGGGUUCUACGGCCCGAAUCCAUGAGUUCCACACAUCAUCACCAACAGAUGACAAGAUGUCAUUCAAACGUCGACUUCAACAAGAAGAAUGAAAUCAGUUGUUGACACAGUUAGGUGCGAGUAACGAUGAUAAGGUUUGGUGAAGAGGUGAUCACUGUCAUUUCCAUAUAAAGAUACUCAUCUGUGGACCGUAACAUAAAACUUUCGAAAAACUGUACAUCCCUACAACUGUGGAAUGAUUAGCAUUAUCAGUCCCGAAUUGAAAACUUUAUGUUUUCGCAUCCAUCUUACAGCUCAACGACUGUGGUAACGAUGAAAUCGUUUUUUGGCUUAUUCAUUCUGGCAUACUUUCAUCAAUUAGGUUGUCUCGCGGAUGGAGACGAUGCCAUUGUUCUGCGAAAUCUGGAGAUAAGAGGCAACGAAGAUGCUGUCAAAUUAUUGCAAUAUCCAACCCACAAGAAAGUACGUCUGAACAAUGCAGAAAUUCCAUAUCUCACCGUUGAAAUCCUUGGUCAUCUGAAAUCGAUCAAAGUGCUGAAGAUCGGGUACAGUAUACUGAAAACUAUCCAUGUUUUGCCGCAGUUGGAAACGUUGCAUCUUGAUGCUAGUCGAGUCAGCGAAGUGAUUAUUAAUCCUGUCGAUUCGUUCGACUUGGAAGAACUAAUCGUCAUUCGGGGUGAUCUUACAAAGCUUCCCGCGAACAUAACCACCUUGGGAAAACUAAGAAAAUUAAGAUUACGGAGCUGUAAGAUUGAAUAUGUCAAUGCGGAUGACUUGAGCGGACUUCAGCACCUUGAAUCGAUUGAUCUCGGGCAUAACAGGAUAGCUAGUGUUAGCUCUUCGGCCGUGAAAUUACCGCAGUUGGAAUUACUUGACUUGUCCUUCAAUCGGCUGGUGGAAGUGAACUUCAAAAAUUGGAACGCGCCAAAACUGCGCGAAAUUAAUUUAUCCGUCAAUAAACUCACGAUAGCAGCAUCCAUUUUGCAAUCAUUUCCUCACUUGCAUGAUCUGCUGCUGAGCGGUAAUCAGUGGCACUGCUCGUGGAGAGAUUAUAUUGUGAAUGAAGCAAAAGCGCGUGACGUAGCGAUCGAUUCUCCGCCACUCUGUGAUGAGGCUAGCGUAACUGCACUGAUUGACUCUCAAUCGAAGUUUGAUCGUUUGGAAAUGUUGAUCGCAAAUCUACGCGAAGAGCUGGGCAAGGCGUACCAGGAGAUUGAACGGUUGCAGGGCUUGAAUAGUGACUUGGUGGAAGCAUUCUAUCGGUAUACAAUAGAAAAAGUUUGAAACAUAUUUCCAAAAAUUCAUGUAGCAAUUAAAUGUACUUU